AUGGGGAUCCAAGUCGAGUCCUCGCUAGAACCUCCUCGAUCGUCUUUCGCGCAGCAGUACGGACCAUGGCACUACCACGAUGUGCGCUCAAGCCGGUACGGCUGGGGUGAAGGGGCGGCGCUCAUCUCGAACGCAUUUUCGGAGAGGUUUGCAGGAGCGGAGGGGAGUAAGAGCAAGACGGCACGGCCUGCUAUAGUCAUCGAAAGGGAACAGGAAGAAUAUCCGACAUCCGUCAGCACCAGUUUAUCACGGCCUCUCCCACCACUACUAGUCCAAGCAUCAUCACCACCAACACCCUCACCAUGGGUCUUUACUCAGAUACACCCAACAGAUCCCAUCCUCACAUUCCCGUUGAAUGUUGCCCUUGUAGCAUCACUACCAACCCCCAGGCCCUCGCUCAAACGCUCCCGCCCUUCAACAGACGUAGACGGCCACAACACCGCCCCCCUCCCCUGCAAGAAGCGACGUCUGCGUUUACACUUCGUCACCUCCCGUCUCUCUCGCCCCUUUUCCCUCCCAGCCACGCACAUCCUCAACCGGGAAUCCAUCCUAAAAGGAGACAAGAGACUACGAAGCAUAGCGGCAGCAGCGAACAAGAGGAUGGCCAUGGCUGGCUGGGGAAUGGGUGCCGCCGGGCAAAAUAGGAAUGGGGGUGGAGGUGGAGGUGGAAUGACGACAAUGGGAGGAAAUGGAAGUGCGGCGUGGUUGAGGAAGAUGGCGGUCAUGAAUCGCUUUCGGAUGAGGAUGUUGGGGGAGAAUUUGGCGAGGGCACAGCAGGCUGCGCAGGCUGCACAGGCACAGGCAGCAGGGCAGGGAGGGCAAGGAUCGGUUCCUGGUGGGCAGGCUGGCGGUCAUGCUGGGGCAAAUGGGGGAGGAGGAGGGAACACCGGAGGCGUGCCCAUGCAACGAACAGCGCAACAGCACCAAGGCUAUGCCGGAUCCGGGACAAGUCCACGGCUUCCUCCAGGCCAGCAGCUCCAAGCCGGUGGGCAACAACCACCAGUAAUAACAGGAUUUCCACCCCCAGUGAUACACACCAACAACACCACAGCAAGUUCAGGACCAUCAGCACCAUCAGCAGCACCACAGCGCCUCUCUCCGAGCCCACCACGUCUCCGCCCUCUUCGCUCGCCAGACCUUCGGCCCAUAGAAGACCAAGACUUGGACGACGACGAGGACGUUGCCUUCCCUACUUCGGCGCACGAAAGCCGAUACGAAGGCGAAGAAGAGGAAGAAGGACACGAAGUGUAUGCGGACUUUGGUGUGUUGUUCGGAGGAGGCGGCGGGGAUGAUGUCGACGAGGAGGAGGGAAAUAGCAUGUCUGGCGAGAUGCCCGUGGAGCAGCAGCAGGAGUCUUUGGAUGGGAUUCCUUGGGGGGCUAGUAGGUGUUGA